AUGUUGGAAUUGGUGGAAGACAUAGAAAGUUCUUUUAAAACCUUGGGGCCGCCCAUGUCAGGUGAUUGUUGCAUCUACAGGGUUCCUCAUAACCUCCGCAUAGUGUUGAAUGAGGACGCCUACACUCCAUAUGCAGUUUCAAUCGGCCCUCUUCACCAUGGCAGAAAAGAAUUGGAGCCAAUGGAAAAGGUGAAGCUCAGAUAUUUGCAGGAAUUUAUAAACCAUACCCACUCCAUCUUGCAUGAUCUUGUCUGCUUCAUAAAGAACAUGGAAGACAGAAUUCGCAACUGUUACGCUGAAACAAUUCUGUUCAACAGCAACGAAUUUGUAAAAAUGAUUCUUAUUGACGCUGCUUUUAUCAUUCUCCACUUCGCUAAGUACUGUUGCGAUCAACACGAUGAAGUUCUAUUACGAAAUUCGUGUUUGACGUCUAGUAUUUGUCGGGACAUGAUGCUGCUUGAAAAUCAGAUUCCUUUCUUUGUCCUUACCGAACUGUAUAACUUAAAACGUCAAGAGUUCUUUCGUACUACUGUCUUCCCCUUUGGACAGGAUGAAGGUCUUCCUCCCUUUGAAGAGCUAGCCUGGUAUUUCUUCAAAAUCUUUUUCCGUUGGCAUUGGGGUAUCGUUAGAAAUGUUACUGAAAAUGUGAAGCAUUUCACUGAUAUGCUAAGGUUCUCUCAUCUAAAACCAGAUUUAACCCCAGGGGAAUUCAUUAUUCAUCGGGGAGGAAAAUACAAGCUUCGAUAUAACGCAUCAGAACUGUGGGAGGCUGGGGUAAAUAUUAAGGUUACCUACAGUCGGUUGGAUGGUUGA